GUGGACCUUUUAGAGAACGGAAAUUUACGAGGCAAAAAGGACGCAUCGACGGCUCUAUACUCGAUAUGUUCGGUAAAAGAAAACAAAAUCAGAGCAGUGGAAGCUGGGAUAAUGAAGCCUUUGGUUGAAUUAAUGGCGGAUUUCAGCUCAAACAUGGUUGAUAAGUCGGGAUUCGUUGUGAACGUCCUCACGUCGGUGGCUGAGGCGAGGGCGGCGCUGGUGGAGGAAGGCGGGAUCCCAGUGGUGGUGGAGAUCGUAGAGGUAGGGUCACACAGACAGAAAGAGAUUGCGGUGUCGAUCCUGCUUCAACUUUGUGAGGACAGCGUGCCAUACCGGACCAUGGUGGCCCGCGAGGGUGCGAUUCCUCCCUUGGUUGCUCUGUCUCAAUCCGGUACCAGUCGCGCCAAACAAAAGGCGGAGACACUGCUUCAGCUUCUCCGGCAGCCGAGAUCAGCAAGCGCCACCGCUCUAGGAACCUCUGUUCUUUCAGUUUGAGACGGCGCCCCAACCGGACUACGCCAGAGAAGAAAGUGGGUAGUAGAAAACAAAGAAAGACCAGAUAGAUAAGCAAAUUCCAAAUGUAAAUAGUUCUAGUGCUUUUAGUUUGUGAUGUCUUGUAAAUUUGAGCUUCAUUUGACGUUGAAUUUCGUGCCCUUUUGGCCCUGGUGCGGUGUUGCGCGUUGCAAAUUGUUGCUUUUUGCAAAUUUUGAACUCAGAUUUUGAUUUAAAAACCAGAUUCCAAAUGAAUGACUAGUUUGAGCCUAGCAACGUUUGGUUCACCAUAUAAAGAACAUAUAUGCAUUUCAUACAGGUUUUUAAUUAUAAAAUCAAAAGAUUUGCAACUCGCAAACUCCGCAGGUCUUUGAUUUUUGGUUUGUUAAUGGGAGUUUUAAUUUGUGUGUGGAUGUGUUUCUACUUUUUUAGCGUAUGUUUAUGAAUGAGGAUUUUGAUUA